UUUUGUUUUAGUAGCAAAACCGUGCAUAACGCGUUACAUUGCGUUUUGAAUGCGCAUCGAAUGUUAUUUUCUGCAUUAUUAUUUUUAAUUUUUUUGUUCACACCAAAAUAACUAUCAUUUAUGGUCGACAGUAACGGUUAAGUAAUAAAAACUAUGUUGACAAUGUGCUGAAGAACAGUGAAAUAAAAGAAUUCAGAAAUAGUUUGACGUAAAUGGAAUGUACUUAUUGAAACAGGGUUCUGUGUAAAUUCAUCAAUAAACCGCAUCUGAUCAUCAUCAUCAACAUUAGUUUGGCAUUUUGAUUGCGGCUCUCCAUCGAAAUCCCGGACAAUGUGGAACUCAGAACCGAAACCACUGCAAGCCAAUGGCACCUCACCGAAAAUCCUAACGUUAGGCAUGACAUCAGCCAUUAGUCUGGCUGAACCGAAACCAGAAGAUUUCGUUCAUACGGCGGAAUUGCAGAGAACACUCGAACCGUACAACGUAUUCGAAACGGAAAGCGAGCUCAACCAUCGCAUGGAAAUAUUGGCCAAAUUGAACGCACUUGUAAAGGAAUGGAUCAAGAAAGUGUCGAUCUCAAAGAAUAUGCCGCCGACAUUGGCCGAGAAAUUGGGCGGAAAAAUUUACACAUUCGGUUCGUACCGUUUAGGUGUACACCACAAAGGAGCCGAUAUCGAUGCGUUAUGUGUGGCGCCGUGUAAUGUUGAUCGGGUCGAUUAUUUCACGUCUUUUAUGGAAUUGUUGAAGAAGCAACCUGAAGUUACCGAGUGCCGAGGAGUUGAAGAGGCAUUUGUACCUGUUAUUAAAAUGAACUUUGACGGAAUAGAAAUCGAUUUACUAUUCGCCAGACUAAAUCUCAAAGAAAUUCCAGACAAUUUCGAUUUACGUGACGACUCAUUACUUAAGAAUUUGGAUCCGAAAUGUGUGCGUAGUUUAAAUGGUUGCCGAGUGACUGAUGAAAUAUUGAGACUUGUUCCGAAUAUCGAAAACUUUCGUCUAGCUUUGCGAGCUAUAAAAUUGUGGGCAAAGAAACACGGAAUCUAUUCCAAUUCUUUGGGCUAUUUUGGUGGCGUAUCCUGGGCCAUGCUGGUCGCUCGAACCUGUCAAUUGUAUCCUAACGCAUGUGCUGCGACACUUGUACAUAAAUUUUUCUUAGUUUUCUCGCGUUGGAAGUGGCCACACCCAGUAUUGCUAAAGCAACCCGAUAACGUAAACCUUGGUUUUCAGGUUUGGGAUCCCCGAGUCAGUGUAGGAGAUCGUUAUCAUCUCAUGCCAAUCAUAACCCCCGCUUAUCCACAACAGAAUUCGACUUUUAACGUGGCAAUAUCGAAUAAGAAAGUGAUGAUGAACGAAUUCGAAAGAGGAAUGGCUAUAACCGACGAAAUAAUGUUCGGCCGAGCUACAUGGGAACGGUUAUUCGAAGCGCCGAGUUUUUUCUUCAGGUACCGUCAUUUUAUCGUUCUGCUAGUAAGUUCUCAAUCAGCCGAAGACCACUUGGAAUGGUGUGGUUUGGUUGAAUCGAAAAUUCGACUGUUAAUCAACAAUUUGGAACGAAAUCUACAUAUUGCGCUAGCCCACGUCAAUCCAAAAUGUUUUCAACAAAUCCAACAGGUACAGGCACCAUUUUGUUCCAUGUGGUUCAUAGGACUGGAAUUCGAAAAGACCGAAAAUCUGAAUGUUGAUUUAACGGAAAAUAUUCAAGGUUUCACAAAUGCUGUGCAUAAACAUGCGGUUAACAUAAAAAUGUUAAAAACUGGCAUGGAAAUCGAGGCUCGCCAUGUACGACGAAAACAACUGUGCCAAUAUCUCGAUAAAGAUCUUUUAAAUCGCGAACGCAAAAAUACCGAACCGAGCUUAAUGACACUAAUGGCCGCUAAAAAACGACUGUCCAGCGAGCUACAAAACGCAUCGCUGAAAAAAGGAAGAGUCAGCGAAUCAGUGAGUAAAAAGUUUGACGAUAGCCUAAACGCUACACCAGACACAUCGAUAACCACCGAAAAGCAAUCAACAACAACCACAACAGCUGACGCCGAUUCGUCGACGGCAGCAAUAUCGACUGCAGCUACGUCAACCACAAACACAACAGCAACAUCGACUGAGGUUGCUUGUUCGUCGUGACAGCCAUUGUCGAAAAAUGGUGGAACAAAUAUUACUAUUCCUCAAGUUGCAACUACAGUAAAUAUGUAAGUACGCAGCGAGACUAAACGAACCAUAAAAAUCUAACAAAAAAAAAAAAAACAAAAAAAAUUAAGUCAAAAAAUGCAAAAAUUCAACAAAAAAAAAAGAAAUCAAUUAGCCAGUAAGAGAGAGAAGUUAUACAAAAAUAUCGACAUAACGGAUGGAUACAUAUUGGUACCGACUUCGGACCAGACAUUUUGUAUUUUGUGUGUGUAUAACUUUGUGCAUAAUAGGAAAAAGAAAGAAACAAACUGAACAUUUCGGUCAGUUUGGACCCUUUUUUGUAUAUUUUAAUAUGUAAAUCCGUGUUCAGACGGAUCGUUUCAGUUAGAAAUUAAUUUUUUUGAUUUUUAUCCGCCCUCUGUUUAAAAUAUUUUUUUAAAAAGAUAUUACAAUCUAUGUGUCGCGCCCUUCACAUAUAAUAAGACUUUGAAGGUUAAACUAAAAUAUCAAAUUUUUCGUUUUUUCACGAUUCUGAUUAAAAGUUUUUUUUUUAAUGUAAAUAAUGCAAUCGAAACCGUGUUCAUGGAUGAUUCCAAUCAUUUUUCGAGAGGAAAUUGCGAACCGGAUUUCUUCAUGAAUUCUAAAAGGAUAAACGUAAAUUUAAAUUACAAAAAAAAAACUUAAAAAAUUAAAAAAAAAACUAAAAAAAAAGAAAACGCAAAAAAACGAGGUGUAAUCUUAAAUGUGAAGUCAAAAAAAUUUCGCGAUUCAUUUUUGCGAUUCAAUUUUUUUUUGUAAAUUAAUUCAAGUGAACAUACAAUUCAACGCUCCAUGUAAAAAUUCUGAAAUAAAUCAUGAAUGGACGAAUUCAUUUCAGUUACUUUCUAUUGCACAGUACCGGAAUAUUACCAAUUUUGCAAUUUUUAAUCGCAUACCGGGUAAUUCCUUCAGUCUAUUCACAUCAUCUUUAUCUUUUCAAGCAAAUCAUUUCAUACUGCGACCAUAUUUUCUUAGUGAAAUUUUGCUUAAUGCUUCAAUGUGUUGUUCUGAAGCCGAACAUAAUUUUCGAUUACAAAAUUCUCAUCAGUUCAACAAGAAACAGUAAAAAGUAAAAUCAUUUCGUUCUGCCAUAAUAUUUGCACACAUUCACACAGCACUCGACGCUUAUCGCAGAUUCAUACAAGUUUCAUUUUAACGAAACACCGAGAAAUUGAAACGGCAUUCAAUGUUGACCGAAAAUUGUUAAUGAAUUUGUGAGUUCUUGGUAAUUGAUAAGAACGUUGCACAGUUGCACUAUAUUCAUAUCGCCCGCUGAAAGAUUGUUUUUUAUUUUCAAUUUACAUUCGAUGCAGAUGUUAGAGAAAUUAUUUCUCAAUUAGUUCUUACUUUGAAAUUUGCGUAAAUUUGUUCUGUUCAUAAAAUCACAUGAAAUUUGCUUAGCCGUACCGAGACAAUGAUAUAUCGUCAUGAAUAUGACAAAACGAUUCAAAAAUUUCAAGAAUUGAACACCAAACAGUAAAUAAUUGACUACCAACAAGCCAUGUAGUUGACAGAGUUUCCGGAUAAAGUGGAAUUCUUACGACACAACCACUUGACUUAUUGAUACUUAAUUACCAAUUGUUCUCAGGGCCUGAAAUGUCACUAUAGAAAUUCGCUAAAUCCGCUUAAAAUUCUCUGACAUUCAGUAAAUUCUAGCGAAUUUGUUCACAAAUAUUUUAGUCCUUCUAGAUUCUGUUGAAUUCAGGAAAG